AUGAUGUGUGGGUCUUCUUCCCCCCUCUGCUUUGUUAUCCUGGCAGUCCUUCUGGGAGAACACGGUUCUCUGGGAAGUUGCCCGUGCGACGAGAAACCCCUGGCGAACUUCGACCUCCAACAGCUCCUGAGAUGUGGUGGCAAUUCCAUGGCCUAUUCCAUCUGGGAUAUACCGGGCUCCGAACCGUACUGCCUGCUGGACGCCGUUGACCAGGACAAAGAUGGGAAUUACAUGUGCUUCAAGUUUGACACUGGAGGAAUCUGUUCAAGAACACCCUAUGUCUACCACUCCCGCGGCGGGUCUGCUAACCCAAACGCACUCUCAAGGGACCUCGGCGGCUGCGCGAUGACCAAGUCGCUGAUCGUGGACACGGACAACUGCAAUUACCUCGUCCAAGCAGAGUGCUACGCCAAUGGAACGGUGUACAACUACCUGACCUACAAAGAGUCUUGGCCAAGGGCCCAGAGAGACGCGUACAUCCAGGCAGCGGCGAACCAGGACCAGAUCGCCUUCAUCGCAAGCCUCUCGAUCGACUGCGAGAACGGAAAUGCGUGAAGAGACGAACCAGGCUCCUGAGACCGGAGUGGAGUAUUCGGUGCGAAGGCACGGAAUUCACUCGGACGGAAAGCUAACAACCUCAAA